CUGUGUAUAUAUAUAUUUGUUACUAAACAAUGAAAUUGUUCAGCCUCUUUUUCCCGGAGAGAGUGGAGUUGAUCAAUUGGUGGAGAUUAUCAAGAUUUUGGGAACCCCAACGCGAGAAGAGAUCAAAUGUAUGAAUCCAAAUUACACGGAGUUUAAGUUUCCUCAAAUCAAAGCUCAUCCUUGGCAUAAGAUUUUUCAAAAACGGAUGCCUCCUGAUGCAGUUGAUCUCGUAUCAAGGCUUCUUCAGUACUCUCCAAAUUUGCGAUAUAAAGCUUUAGAUGCCUGCGCGCAUCACUUUUUCGAUGAUCUACGAAAUCCGAAUACUCUGCUUCCGAAUGGAAGCUCUCUUCCACCUCUAUUCAAUUUCACCCCUCAAGAGCUUGAAGGUGCUUCCCCUGAUCUGAUUCAGCGUCUCAUACCUGAGCAUGCUAUGCGCUAAAUUAAUCAAUAUAAACAGCAAUUGGUUAUUUCUGGGAAUUGGAGAAGAGAACGAUUGUUCUACUUGGGCUUGCUUCUUCAUGAAAUUAGCAUUCUGCACAUUGAAAAAGGAAGAACCAUAAACGAAUGCUGAUCUGAACUGAAGCCUUCCUGGCAACCAUUAUUCAUCAGAAAAUAGGCAUCGUUUGUUUUUUUUUUUUUUUUGGCCGGCCAUCUGAUUUCCAUCUAUUUGUCUUGGCUUAUUACCCCUCUAGAUCAUCUGAAACUUUUUGAGCUGUCAUUGUAAGCUAAAAUGUUGUUGUAAUUGCCGUUCUUUGAUGAUGCACUUCUUUGUAUUCCUGAACUGUAUUAGGGUUAUUAUAAGGAUCAGUAAUAAAUUCAUAUUUUUUUAUAU